CAUGAGAUCAUUUGUCUCUUUUUUUUUGCACUGUGUUUGAAAGAGUAAUACAUUCACUUUGUUUGUGACUUAAAUUUUAAUCUCGUACUUCCUUCCUCGUUAUCAGAUUUUGAACCUCUUUCUUUACUCCUCACACUUUAUUUAUGCAUUGUACAUAAACCAAGAGAAAGGGAGCAGAAAAAUCAAAAUGAAAAAUAUAAAACUUAAUUUAGCAUUAUAGGAAUUAGGAAGCAAAUGUGUGUAACUGAAAUACACUGGCAGUACUGCAGUUUUACAUAGACCUUUCUCUGAACUCUUACACCCUUUAAAAUAUAUAUUAAAAUUGUGAAAUGGCCUAGAACUGAGAUUUGAGAAAUGCUGGUUAGAAUUAACGUGUCAGUUUGGAGACAGCUCAACUCAGUAAGGUGGGGUUUGAAAAGAAGAAUAGAAAGUAUUACCUGUUAUAUGCUGCCUUUCAAACAGGUGGUAAUGCUUAUUUACAUAUCACACUGUUUUUUUGUCUCUUUCCGGAAAUACAGAAGACAGAUGAAAAAUCACCCUGUCUUGAGAGUGAGGCCUGUAUUUGCAUAGUUCUUGCUUAAUUCAGGAUUUUGCCAUACCAGGUAUGUUUUGAGCAUGGCUGAUGUUUGUUUUGGUUUUCUAAUUAUAAAAGUGAAUAUGGUCAUGCAGGCAAAAGUAAGUUACUGAGGGAUAAAAAUUUGGAAUAUAUUUUCUUGGUAGGCAUUCUUACUGUUUUCUCCUGAAUCCCUCUCAGUGCUUAUUGCUCACACAUAGUACAAGUAGGUCACUCAGGAGCAAGUAUUUCAGUAAUUAUAUCUCUCUGUUUUGUUUGUUGAGCUGUUAUUUCCCAUUCUGAGGAAGUGCUGUGAAGUCAUGGAAUCUCUGCUGCUCUGCUAAGAUGGAAAACAGAUGGAUUCCUCAGUGGUCAGAGUGUUUCUAGCUACAUUUGUUUUUUUUGGCCUCUAUAUUUCUAUUAGUCUAUCCAUUGUAAAUUCAUGAUGAUUACUCCCAGUCUCCUUCUUGUCCUUCAUGUGUUUGAAAAUAGUUUCCAGGAUUGUUUCCUUCACCUUCCCAGGGACCAGGGUGAGGCUAGUAGGCCUGUAGUUGCCUGGCUCCUCCUUGUUGUUUUUCAUUGACACUUGUUUUAUUGAGUCUUCUGGAAUGUCAUCCAUCAGCAUAAAACUUCCAAACGUAGUUGAGAAUGACUUCACAGUGACAAAACCAGCUCUCUCAGCACUCAGGUUGACACCUCAGUAGGUCACAUCGAAGUGUUAGGUCCAGUUCACUUAAAAGUUUGUUAAUCUGAUCCUCCCUCACUCAGAGUAAGUCUUUUGUCCUCUACGCUUUCCCACGGGUCUUAGGGACCUGGGAUUCCAGAACGCAGGUCUUACCCAUGAAAGAGCAAGAUAAACAAGGUGCUUUGACAUUUUUGUAUGAUUUUGAUACUUUCAGGAGCAGACUGAUGUCUCCUCUCUAGCCGCCUUAUGCUGCUCGUGUACCUGUACAAAUCUUUCUUGGAAUUUCAUAUCCCUGACCAGAUUCAACUCUAGGAGGACCUUGGUUUUCCUAACUCUAUCCUAGUGCACCUAAGUGGUGUUCCUGUUCAGUUGUGUGCACACACUUGGUGCAGCCUCAUUUCACCUUGGUUUGCUUGAUUAUAAGAUCUCUGUUUUCCACACCAUCCUGCAUCAUUUGCUUGCAAACUGUGACCACCACUUCUUUGCUCAUUCAGAGGUCCACCACCUUCCUGUAUCAUCAUUCCUUAUUUAAGCAUUCCCCAAGCCGAUUAACCAGCCUCUUGGCAAGAUGCUUCUACCCAUGUAAUUUCAGGUGAAUCUUGUUCCCCUUCACCCUCAGUUUCUGAGCCUCAUAGAAGGUUCUAUGGAUGUAAAUGCUGCACAACUACUUGCUCAUUUGCAGAAUCUGUCUGCUUCUCCUCAAGUUCUUCCCCUUCAUCAGCAGCAUGAAUGAGACACUACUUGGCUACUAGACUUUGGCCAAGACCCUGUUAACUGUGUAGUCAUGCUUGGUAAACUCCUGGUCUCCCCUGGCUUUGUCUAUGGUGCCUGAAUGGAAGAGCUGCUGAGGGUUGUAGUCUAAGGGCCAGACUACUGCCUGCCUCAGUAACAGUCAGCCCAUAGUAUCCAGGACCCAGGCAAGCAGCAUACUUUGCCAGGUGACAGGUUGGGCCAGCAGAGGUGUCUUUGUCUCAGAAGCAGGGACCCACCGAUGUUCCUUAACCCACGCUGUUCCUCACUCCAGUAUGGGUACUGCUGCAGGACUCAGGCACAGAUGGCUCAGAGGCUUUCUUGGACAGAGCUUCCUGUACGUGUGUGCUUCCAGGGCUCAGAACGUGCUCUGUCGAUCAGAGCUCCAGGCAGAAAAGGAGCUGUCCUCUUGGUGCUGGAGCUCAGAAACUUGACAUAUCCAGCUUGACGAGCUGAGAGCUGAGGCUCUGUCUGCUUCUCCUGUUGUGGUAGGGGCUUCUGUAGCUGCAAGAACUUGGUGGGGAUCUGAAUGAUACUUGAAUGAGAACACGGUUACAUUAGAAAAUAAUAAGCAAAAGGUGAUUAUAAAUAACACAAAUGAGAAGUGUGGAAAAAUGACAGCUUGUUUGGGUUUGAUUUUGAUUAGACAUCUAAAGAAGAAAAGACAAUGAAAUUUGUGAAUAGUAUUAAGUAAAUUUUGAAUGCAAUUGAGGACAGUUAAACAUGAAACAAGUAAGCAAAACCCUUGGAAACAGAGAUGUUUGCUAAACAAAAUUCCAGUGCUACAAGUAGAAGCUGCAAGGAAUGGAAAGAAACCAUCAGAAAUGGAAGACAUUCCUGAAACCCAGAGAUUGGGGAAACUAAUGGCCUUUUUACUUUGAUGGAAGAGUUUUCUUUGCUGCUGCCACCUGACUGAUUGUUGCUGUUUUACCUAUUGCUUAAUAGUUUUCUCAGGUAGAUUAUCUUCCUGGGUCAUGACAAUUUAUUAUUUGUGUUUAAUGGGGCAACGAAUUCACUUUGUGGUUGACCCUCAGGGUUGGUGCUGCAUGGGCCUAAUUAUCUUUGUCUGGCUGUACAAUACAAUCUUCAUCCCAAAGGUCAUCCUUUUUCCUCAUUAUGAAGAGGGAAAUAUUUCAGUUGUGGCAGUUUUGUGUUAUUACUUCUGCUCAUUGUUUUGUAUAGCUUCAUUAUUUAGAGCCUCAGUAGCAGAUCCAGGAAAACUACCUGAAAAUCCAAAGAUACCAAUUACAGAGCGAGAACAUUGGGAGUUAUGUAACAAAUGCAAUAUGAUGAGACCAAAGCGUUCACACCAUUGCAGCCGCUGCGGACAUUGUGUGAGGAGGAUGGAUCACCACUGUCCGUGGAUUAAUAAUUGUGUUGGUGAAGACAAUCACUGGCUGUUUUUACAGCUGUGUUUCUACAGCCAGAUCCUUAGUUCCUAUACGCUGAUACUUGACUUCUGCCAUUACUACUACUUUUUGCCCCUGAAAAAAGAAAACUGGGAUGUGUUUGUAUUUAGACAUGAACUUGCUCUCCUAAGAAUAUCUGCCUUCAUGGGUCUAAUAAUAUUUGGUGGAAUAAGUCGACUCUUUUACACUCAGCUAAUGGGUAUUUUCACUGACACUACAAGUAUAGAAAAAAUGUCUAACUGUUGUGAAGACAUAUCGAGGCCCCGAAAGCCAUGGCAGCAGACCUUCUCAGAAGUUUUUGGCACUCACUGGAAGAUCCUGUGGUUUAUUCCUUUCAGGCAGCGGCAACCACUGCGAGUUCCCUACCACUUUGCCAAUCAUGUCUAAACAGAUGGAUGGUGGGCACAGAUGGGUCCUCCAUGCUGGAAGUGCAUUACAGGUUUUAUGAUAAUAGGACUAUGACAGUCUUCAAGUCAAUUAAAAUCCAUUCGUAGGCAUUACAAUGCGCCCCGGGCAUUAUUUUAGUUAUGGUCUUGAUUUUAUUCUGAAGUUAAGGCAAGUUAAUCAACUGCAGGCUUAUUUACUUUCAAAUUAGCUUUCCAAAGAGAUUCCUUUUGUCUUCAAGGUUAAUACCAAAAGAAAACAACUGGAAUGUAGUCUUCAUCCAGUUUGAUACUGGCUCUUAUUUUUCUUCUUCCUUUUUUUUCUUUUCUUUUUCAUUCUGUUUUAUUUUUUGUGUAGAAAGCACUGAAGUUUACAUUGAUGGUUAGAUUUCUCACUAAGUGUCUUAUUCUGCCUUGAAUUUUUUUUUAGGGUUUUUAUCAGUAGGUCUGUCUGGAUAAUAAUAAUGUCUUUUUUUCCUGCUGCAUAUGUUUAAAAUUCUGUGAUUCUGCCAGUUAUUUAUGAUAUGCAAAAGUAAUCCUGCAGCACUGCACUAUAAAAGGUAACAUUGAAAGCUGAAGCAGAGUACUUCCUAAACCUUUCUCAGAGAGGUUUUGUAGAGGCACACAAAUGUGUAUGCUUACAUAGCGAGCAGCUUACAGUUAUCUUCUGGCCUGGAUAUAAUGUUAGUGAAAACUGUUCAUGUCUUUAUGUCAGUGAGAGGGAUUAAAUAUUUCAGGGUAAACUAUGCAGAUACAAAGCAUGUUUUCCCUAAAUCCCAAGGAUUUGAA